AACAAAUAUGGCCGCCUAUGGAUGAGGCCAACGCCAAUCCUUGGGUGAAAAGUCGGCAAAUUCCCAUAAUAUGAGCACAGCCGCUCAGGUUUUACGACAAGCUGAGGCAUUGAAGGCUACAGUUUCAGACAACAGUAAAAAUGUAUCAGAAGUGUGUGUAUCGCGACAACGACUGGAAGAUCUCUACAAGAAAGUACUGCUCAUUGACCUGGAGUAUGCUCUGGACAAGAAAGUGGAACAAGAACUAUGGAAUCAUGCCUUUAAGAAUCAGAUCAACAUACUUCAGGCCCAGGCUAAAGACAAGCAGAACCCAAAGAGGACUGAAAUUCAAGCCACUUUGAACCUUUUUCUGGAGAUGGCAAGUGGGGUGUAUUUGCAGCUUUUGCAGCUGAUAUGCUCAACGUUUAAGCUUGACUUGCCUUUUAGAAGGAAGUCUUCAACAUAUGGGAUAAUGAAAGAAUGGAGUCCAUCAAAGAUGAAGAUCAACCCUCCAAAGAAGAGCUCCUGUCUAUACAUCUGUCAGUAUUGCCUAGUCCACCUGGGGGAUAUCGCCCGGUACAGACAACAGGUAGACCAGGCCCAGUCAUAUUACUGGCACGCUGCCCAUCUUAUCCCUGUCAAUGGCCAGCCCUACAACCAGCUGGCCAUUUUGGAGGUUGCCAGGGGUAACAAGCUGUCCACCAUAUUUUACUACAUCCGGAGUUUGUCUGUUCGUCACCCAUUCCCAGCAACAGCCACAAACCUCGAAAAAUUCUUCUCAAAGAUUUCCAGGGAAAGAACUGAGUUCAAGUCCAAGUUAUCCAUGACAGAGUUUUUGACAGCCUUUCUACAGUUCCAUGCUUUCAUCCAUCUGUGUGUGGAACUGACACGUGCUGCAGAGCUGUCUGAGAAGCUGCUGGUAAGCAUGCCCGCUCAUGUGACCUCACAGAGCUUCUCCUGGCAUGUCCUGGUACAGAUGCUGGCCAUCAACCUGUUUGCCAUGCACCACGUGACCCGACAGACUGACGGAUCCCCUGAUAAUAGCCCCAACAAGAAGGAUAUGUUGAGUGAAGACGAGGGAAGGUCGUUUGAAAUUGUCUUCAAUUUUACAGUGAACACUCUGGAAGUACUAGUCAUGUAUACCCCCAAACAAGAACAGAAGGCGAGAAAUUUCUUCACGAUGCCAGCAAUCCGGAUCAUCAUAGACUGGUUGAGGCUUGACAAAGAAAACUUCAGCAAACCUGUGUUAAAACAGUCCCCGGUGUGGCCUCACCUGGCUAAGCUGUUCAACAUCAUUCAGCCAGCAGCUGUGCCCAGUUUGAUAGACUCUCAGACCAACAACAAGAAGCCAGAUGCUGAAAUAGCUCUUCCUGAGGAUUUUGAGUUGAGGUCUUUCCAACCAAUAGAGAAGGCUCACAGCGGCCUGAGCUUCAGUCAGAGUGUCCUUGAAGACAGAUCGCCUGAGGUCAUGGCUACCAUUCGCUGUCAGCGAUUGGUCAAUCAUGGGAAAUGGAUCGCGGAACAGUUUCCUAGCCUGAACUUGCUGAAUGUAAAGGAGGAGAAGCCGGGGCGUGUCCACUUCAGCUCUGCCACGCCCAUGGUCAAGGUCGUACCAGUGAACACAGAGCAGAGUAACACCCCAGAGAGGAAGACCGUUCGCCAGAAUGUGGCUAUCCAGGCCAUCAUUCAAAAACAGAAAGGAAACGAAACCUCUCCCGAGAGAUCUCCAGCCAACGAAAGCUGUCAACAGACAAAGACCUCAAAAGAUGGUAAGAGUGAUGGACUAUCGCCUACAAAAUACCUUCUUGGGACGCCGAUGAAAGACCCGCAGUUCAUGAAAACUUCAGGGGGACACAGUUCUGGCACCUCCCAGCAGGCUACGUCUCCCUCCACAACAACCGCACGCGUGACUUUCCAGCUCCCGGCUCAGCAGUUAUCUCCCCAAUCACAGAAACAAUCUAUCGAAAAACCGCCAGGGCAGUCUGGGAAGGACAGUAAGCAGUACCAGUCCAGGCACAGUGACCUUAACAAGCCCCUGGGGGCGCAGUACCGCCAGAUGCAGCAUCAGCAGCAGAUGAAACAGCUCAAGAUGCAACAACAGCAGCAGCAGUUGCAGGCCCUGCAGCAGCAACAACAACAACAGCUGAAAAUGCAGGAGCAGCAACAACAGCAAAAGCAACAACAACAACAACAUCAGUCAAACAUGUCUGCCUGGCCAAGUCAGAACCAGACAGGCCCCCAACAGGGAAACUAUCAGUCUGAGGGCAUGUCAGGUCCCCAAGGCAACCCAAACAGUCUCACUAUGACUCAGAGACAGAUGCUGAUGCAAAAGCAGUUUGAGGCCCUUCAGAAAAUGGGUGCAUCGCCACAGGCGCCCCCCCCACCCGGGCAGAGUCUUCCACCAGACAGCCCCGCCUCCCAUGCUGCAAUGAUGGCAAGUCAGCAACAGCUGCUCAAUGCGAUGGCAACGCUUCAUCAACAACAACAGCAACAGCAGCAGCAGCAGCAACGCCAGCAACAACAGCAUCAGCAGCAGACCUCCCCACUUCUCCAGCAACAACCUCCUCCUCCUCAUCAGCAGCUUGGUCCACGGCAGAUUCACCCACGGCAACAGCACCCACAACUAGGGUCGCCCCAGUCGUCUCCGCAACAAGGGCACGCGCUACAGCGUGGGUCAGUUCCCCGCCAACAACAACAGCAGUCCUCGCAGGCAUCCUUCCCCGGGCACAUGUUUAUGCACCAGCGCUUCGCCUCGGCUCGCCAGCAGCACCCAUCCCUGCAGUUCAGGGGUCAGGGGUCGCAGGUUUUGCCGGGGCUGGGACCGUCACAGGGAACAGACAGACAGAUGCCCGGGAAGUUCACCCCGAAUGAUGUGAUGAACCCGGCCAUGUUCCUUAAAAACUACCCGACCAACUUCCCAUUCCCAUUCUCCCAAGCUGCUGGUCCCAUGGCUAAUCAACACUCGGCUAAUGUUGGCUCUCCGCAUCCUAUAGGAACCCCACCAGGGGGCGCUGGGCUCCAUGGUCCAGGUGAUGAGAGAGAAAUGAUGGCGGGCAUUGCUAAGCUUUCCGUACAGCACUCCAGAAACACUCCUCAGGGUCCUUCCCCCUCCAGACUAAACCACAUGGACGCCACCUCUGAUUCCAUGAUGUUAAACAAGUCAGACGGUCCUCAGGUUACAGAUGGCCCUCGUAAUAUGUUCAAGGGAGAAGGAGGGGGAGACCUAGUAGGACCUGAGAACGCUCAGCAGGGGACUUAUUCGCUGUUCAGCAGUACGCCUUGGUCUGUGCAGAUAUCAUCGGCUGGAGACUCUAAAAGUUUAGGAUCCUCUCCAUUCUCGUCUCAGGCCAGCAGCAUGAGGAAUUCUCCUGACCCAUUGUCCGAACUCCUGCCAGGGGAGGCAACCCUGGGCUCUGGGUUUAACCUGGGACUUGGGUUUGGGACCGGUGAUAAUCACUGGGGUCUACAGGGACCUGGUCCUGACCACACCAGCCAGGUCAUGAACAGCAACAUGCAGGUCCAUUCACUAUGGUCCUCACCUGGCCCUUCACCGCUCCAGCGUCUGCUGGAACAACAGCGCCAACAUCGGCAAAAUGACCCACACUGAACUAUCACAGAAAUGUCCUUUUGAGGAUGAGGUCAGAGGUCACGGUUACUGCGGUGACAAACACCUGCAAUGAUCACACAUCAUUGAAUAAUCAUCGUAAGACGAGUUUCAGAAGCCAAGUCGAUGUGAUAUCUAAUACACAGCCAGUGAAUGGCAAGGAUCGUCAGCAACCCGGAAGCAAGAAAAAUCUGUCUUGUGCGUGAAAUGAUGUAUUAACUGCCAUUUUAGAUUCCUUGAAUAGUAGAAAGGAACCAGAUAUACCCAUGUGGUGAGAUGAUAGAAAAAAAAAAGCUGAAAUGAGUGCGAAGAGCGCCCCCUUGGUUCUGUCUGACAAGGGGGAAAACUCUUUUCAUAAACUGGGAUGUACAGGGAUUAUGACAAGAGCUAUAUCUGUUCAUUGAGGAAUUGGUGAUGGUGUUGAUAGGUCAGUAUAAACUAUCCUUAUUUUUUAAGCCACCAGCUACCUGGAGCAGGUCGCAGUAUGGCCUGAUGGUUCAUGUAUAAAGGUACUUAUGUCAUUCUAAGAGACAACUUUUCAGCGAAUUCAGUCGUGCAAGUAUUGGAAGAUUUGCACAUCACAACCAGAUGCUGACUCGACAAAUUACCUGUGAAUUGUUUUGACACUGUACACUGUUAUGACUGUACAUUUGGCAGAUCAUACAACUGUACCUGUGGUUUCAUUGGAGAAAGCUGCAGGAAAUGGGAUUAUAUUAAAAGAAGGAGAUGUUGUUGUUAGGUGGAGCAGAAAGUAUGCGCAGUUCGCCAGGUGUGACUAGGGCUUAGAAAUGGAUUUUCUCUCCAUUUUUCUACUUUACUUGUGUAUGUAAUGCACACCGGUGGGUGGAAUCAAAGAAAGUGUCAUGGGGAGUUCAGAAGGAUAUCCAGCUUUACUCUAUCUUUUUGCUUUUUGUUUUAAAAUUUUUUUCUUCAUAUAGGUACACAAGCACUUCACUAGCAGCCUGAUUAUUCAUGCAGAUGUCAUUUUUUUAUGCUGAAGGAACUUAAGAAAAAGAGAGACUGUUUUGGGCACCUGAAUAGGACAGUCAACCUGUUUUGAACUCGUGGAUUAGGCUUUGUACCUGUUGUGGACACCUGGAUAAGGCACUGUACCUCUUUUAGAUACAUGGAUUAGGCACUGUACUUUUUUCUGACUUCUGGAAGUGGUUGAAAGGUUGGUGUAUGUUAUUAUUAUUGUGUGAAAAAUGAGCAUAUUACACAGGAGUACAAGGUGUGUCGUGGCUAUUAAAGGCUUGAUUAUAGGAAGCCAAAUGAAAAUGAAGGCCAGCACCUAUAAUGAUGGCAUUAUCAAAUGUUAAGAUGAAUGCAAAAAGUAAUAUGUGAAAAUGUGUAACAUAACUGAAAUUGUAAACAAUACAUAAAGGUUGAACUUGGACAGUUGUGCUGACUGGAUUCAAAAUUGUUGUCAGUUUGCUUGUGAUAACUUCAUGGGGAAAAAAGGGAGACAAUUUUAUCAGUGCUGUAUGUUGGGAUGUUGUUUAGCAAUUUUAUGAUAAUAUGUAGAGUAUUGUUUAUCAGAAUUCAUGAGUGGAAAGAAAAGACAGCAAGACCACCAACUUAUUCAUGUGUCCAUGUAUUUUGGCAUGUACCUUGACAUGGUUAUCUCCCCUCCUCCAGGAACGUCAUUCUCCAUUGGUACAGUGGGAUCUGUAGUACGAGUCAAGAAAUAUUAUAUAUGAAUAAAUUAUAUAUAAAUUUUACUGUGAGCACAGUUGAACUGUAUACUCUUCAAGUUGCACCUUACAAGCCAUAAGUGUUUUGUAAGACAUGCUACAGUGAAAAGAUUCUGACCAUUUUACAUGCACUGUGAAGUCAUUUUGCAUGACUUGACAGCAUGAGCUGUCUCCCCUGAGUGAGAAAGGCGAAUGAGAACAGCUUUUAAUAGGCCAAAAAAAAAAAA